GAACCCCCUAACGUCAUCUAUUUCUUGUCCGUCUUUCUUGGUUUGUCUUGGAUUACGCGCAAGGAUACUCGUUACACUGAGAUUGCUCCAGCACUCCUUUCAUUUAUACCAGCAGUGAAUCCUUCCGGACCGUCGCGCCUCAUUCUCUUCAACUUUACCUUGUUCUCUCCUUGAACCAUUUACUGUCCAUUUACGUCUUCACUCGCGCCUAGGAUCCAUUGCCCACCAUGCGUUUCCUCUUCUUCACGACCCUCGUCACCUCCGCCCUGGCGAUCGACUCCCUCACCGAGCUUAUGGACCAGCUCCCCAAGUGCUCCAUCGAUUGCCUUACCAACGCCCUCUCUGAGCAAGGCUGCUCUCUCACCGACGUCCAAUGCGCGUGCUCCAACGUCCAGGCCAUUGUUGAGAGUGCUUCACCAUGCCUCAUCAUCGCAGGCUGUGACCUUGAUGAACUCUCCAAUGCAGCAACUUCUGUUGCAGACAUCUGCAAAGGCCAAACCACCCGCACCCCUACCCCAGCGGCAUCAUCAGCUCCAACAUCCACCACCGCCGACACCGUCGAGACGAACGGCCAGCCUUCCACCUUUGGCAAGGGAUCCAUGUGGACGGGAGCAUUCGCCGCAGCAGCCGUUGCUCUUCUGUGAUUGAUGCUCCAGAACUGGAUGUGAAGAGGGACAGAUUGUAUAACUUGCAUUUCAAAGGCGUAGUUUGGCUUGGUGAUCAUCAUUCCUCGCGGGUCGGGUCCUUUUUUCUUCUAUCGUUGUAUUAUCAAAGAGCAAAGACUUGGUUGCUCCGAGCAAACCAAGACGGUCUAUACAUCCAUGAUAAACCCAUUAAUACAGUCGCGGUUCACACCAA